GCCUUCUUCCCAAGUCUCGGGAUCCUAAUUUCGGACAAUGACACUUCAAUCGCACUCUAUUCCAUCCGACCUACGCGACCAAUGGUUAACAAAAAAUGGGGGAGGUCAACCCUUACAAUACCAUGAAUGGGCGUCAGACCCCUUACAUCCAGCAAGUUGCCAAAGGUCACAACCUGAUAGUCAAUGGGAAGCCGUUUUUGAUGCUUCCAGCGGAGCUCCACAAUUCUUCCUUCAGUUGUCCAGAAUUCAUGAAGAACAUCUGGCCUGUCUUGAAAGACUCAAAUGUCAACACGGUGCUUGCCAACGUGUCUUGGGAAGACAUCGAGCCAGCAGAAGGAAUCUUAGAUUUCAAGCGUCUUGAUCAAGGCAUCCGCGAUGCAAGGCAGCGUGGUUUUCGUCUCGUGCUUCUGUGGUUUGGUGCAUUCAAGAAUGGGAAGUCGAACUAUGCCCCACGUUGGGUCAAGACAGACCCUGCCAGGUUCCCUCGCAUGAUGUUGUCCUCCGGGACCGACGUUCCUCAAACAACCGAUGUUCUCUCGAUCAUUCAUGACGAGGUCGUCAAAGCCGACAGUGCAGCCUUCAAAGCUUUGAUGCAGCACCUCCGAAACGUUGACAGUAACCAUUCGACCGUACUCAUGGUACAAGUGGAAAACGAGGUUGGCCUACUUGGAGGCUCGCGGGACGUGUCGGCUGACGCCGAAGCUCGCUUCCAAGCAGCCGUCCCAGCUGCAUUAAUUGAGAUGAUCCGUACGGGAUGGUCACAUCUGCAUGAAUCGUUCAAGCAAAAUCUGCAGUUCUUUCGUCAAGAACUGCCGUUACUGAAGGUCGGUUCAGCAUCGUGGGUGGAGGUAUUCGGUGCAACAAAUGCAACAGACGAAUUGUUUAUGGCUUACCACUACGCUCUGUAUGUUGAGAGGGUUGCAAAAGCAGGGAAGGCAGAAUACGAGCUGCCGCUGUUUACCAAUGUGUGGCAAAAUUAUGCCGAUGAAGACGCCGACAAGACGCAGCCCAUCGUUGUUGGCGGUGGUGGACAACCCGGUGACUACCCGUCCGGUGGCGGCGUUGUCAAUGUGCUCGAUGUGUGGCACCAUUUCGCUCCCUCGCUGGACUUCAUCGCACCGGACUUGUAUCUGAACGACUACAACGCAGUCUGCUCGAAAUAUCGCCAUACGGGCCAGCCGCUCUUCAUUCCAGAACAGAGGAGGGAUGAUUAUGGUGCACGUCGUAUAUGGAGUGCCUACGCUACGUACCAUGCCUUAGGCGCAUCACCAUUCGCCAUCGACUCCUUGAAUCCUCAACAGAACCCUUGGCGAAGGCACUUCGCCCUGCUGGGCCACGUCGCAUCACAUCUGACUGCAGCCCGGAAGAUGAAUCAAGAUACUUUCGGUUUUUGGUUUGACAAGCUCGACGAGGGUGGAAAAGAGGGCGAUCGGCACAUUGUGCGGAUGGGCGGCUGGGAAGUAACCGUCGAGCGCUCGUUCGUUUUCGGUCAGCCUGGACCAGGAUUUGGUCUGGUCAUUCGACUCGAGGAAUCAAAGUUUCUGCUUGUGGGCGAGGGCUUCCAGGUCAGUUUUGCUUCAAUGAGGCAGGGCUCUUCAUUCACAGGUUUCCUCUCCUUUCUCGAGAAGGUGCACGAUCCUCAGACCGGAGUAUUAGUGAACGGAAGAACGCUCAAUGGUGACGAGACGAGGAGUGGACAGCUUGCAAUUAUGCCGAACCAGCAGCCAGACCCCGGGACGUUCCCAAUCUGCAUCACUAUUCCUGCACGCUCUGCCAUUGCGGAGAUCGAGAUUUACGAGUUCUGA